GCUGACAGAGAUAAACACAGACUCGUCUGGUUACGCCGCCACAGAUUCUCCCGUUUCCACAUUGUCAUUUUCAGGUCGAGAAAGAAGAGAUUAAAGAUGUCUAACCCAGAAGUUGUUGUCGUUGGAUCGUGUAUGACUGAUCUUGUAAGCUAUACCUCAAGGCUUCCCAAACCGGGUGAAACCAUCCACGGCCAUCGGUUCAGUAUUGGAUUCGGUGGCAAAGGGGCUAACCAAUGUAUUGCUGCAAGGAGACUUGGCGCAUCUACAGCCAUGGUGGCAAUGGUGGGUGACGACUCCUUCGGCCAAAACUACUUGCAGAAUUUCAAAGACAAUGGAGUUGAUAUAACACAUGUUGGAGUGACCAAAGAGGCAGCAACAGGAGUGGCACCCAUUGCUGUUGAUGAUUCAGGUGAAAAUUGUAUAAUCAUAGUAGCUGGAGCAAAUUUGAAGAUGACCAAGAAGGAAGUCGAGGCAGCAGAAAGCAUGGUAAAAAAAUCAUCUGUGUUAGUUUGUCAGGGAGAAAUUACCAUGGAAGCUACUUUGGCAGCACUGGUUAUGGCUCGAAAGCACCAGGGUAAGCUUGAUAUUUUACAAUACACUUUCUUCCCUGUAGUCAAAACAAGGUCAGACCUCGGGCAGAUUCAAACUAUCCAAGGGCACGGCAAAAAUUAUAUGGACAAGGAGUGGGAGGUCACAGUCGCUGAGGUGCUCACGAGCAUCUGCAUAAAGAACGUAAAAGAUGCAGAGAGUGCAGCAGAGGAGCUCUUAUCUCGAGGAUGUGGCAGUGUCAUCAUUACACUGGGUGGAGAAGGAGCUCUCUAUUCUACUAGUAAUGGUCAUGUACAUGUGUCAGCUGAGAAAGUCACUCCUGUAGAUACCACUGGUGCUGGAGAUGCGUUUGUUGGUGCCCUAGCCUAUUUUAUGGCCUGUUACCCACAACUAGACAUGGUAGAAAUGAUACGAAGGUCUUGCAAGGUGGCCACUGUGUCAGUACAGGCUCCUGGAACACAGAGCAGCUACCCUGCCAGGGAUAAACUACCUAAAGAAAUCUUUGUUUAGUCUUCAAUAUUGUUUUCUAUUGUUAUGUGUAUAUAUAUAUAUAUUUUUUUUUUCUUCUUUUUUUAUUGUGAGAUUGAGUAAGCAUGUGUUGUGUGUGUUGGGGGAAAUGUAUGUGGUGUAUACAAAAUGGAUAUGUUUGAUUUCAUAGCAGGUAUCCAGAGAGAAUGUAAUGUCUUGCAAGCCUCAAAUAUUUGUUGAAAUUUACUGCCUCUCCAUUCCAGCAUGCUUACAAUUUGCCAACAGUGUAGAAACACACAUGAUGGUGUAAUUUUAUUCCACCAAUAAAUAAUUAAACAGG